UGGGCUUCUCCAUUCAUUCAUUCAUUCAUUCAUAUUUGCUCAUUUAUUAGAAAACAAAAAACCCUACAGCCAUUGUCGAGUACAUUGUGCAGAGGUUCUGUCCUGUAACGUGCAAGUUGCAAAUGUAUUUCCUUCAAGAGAUCAGAGUGAGGUCAUUUGAGAAGCAGUCUGACAUUACACUUACAUUAUGUACUGACAAUCCCUCCUCACACUUCACACUGUGCUGCAACAGGAGCACGAGCCAGGCAACAGCAAUCACAUCACCAUGAGAGGGUUGAGUGAAUUUGCGGGUCUUAAUCUUCUGCUUCAGGUCGCUGCAGCUACCAAGCUAGUGUGCUACUUCACCAACUGGUCCCAAUACAGGUCCAGGCCAGGGAUGUACCUGCCCGGAAACGUGGACCCACACCUGUGCACCCACCUAAUCUACGCCUUCGCCAGCAUCGAUUACGCCAAUGAGCUGGUCACCCAGGAGUGGAAUGACAACACACUGUACACCUCGUUCAACGCCCUGAAGACCAAAAAUCCACGGCUGAAAACUCUGCUAGCGGUGGGAGGAUGGAACUUCGGCACUGCCCAGUUCUCCACCAUGGUGUCCUCACCGGCCAACCGCCAGAAGUUCAUCCAGUCAUCCGUCAGUUUCCUGCGAACGCGCGGUUUUGAUGGGCUGGAGCUAAACUGGCAGUACCCGGGGUCUCGAGGGAGCCCCCUAGAGGACAAGCAGAGAUUCACACUCCUGUGCAAGGAGCUUCUGGGAGCUUACAAGGCGGAGAGCAGGGCGAGCGGACGCCCCAGACUGAUGGUGACAGCUGCAGUGGCUGCUGGGAAAAUAAUCAUCGACGCCGGCUACGAGGUUGUCGAGCUCUCAAAGUACCUGGACUUCAUCAAUGUGAUGACCUUCAAUUUCCAUGAAAGCCUGGAGAACUUCACGGCACACCACAGCCCCUUGUACCGGGGCUCACGCGACCAGGGAGACUUCACCUACGCCAAUGCAGACUUUGCCAUGAGGUACUGGAGGGGUCAAGGUGCCCCAGCGGAGAAGCUCCACAUGGGCUUCACAACAUUCGGCCGUUCCUUCACUCUUAGCUCAUCUGACCAAGGCCCCGGGGCUCCGGCGAGGGGCUCGGCCUCUGCUGGGCCCUACGUCCAAGAGAUGGGCCUCUGGUCUUAUUAUGAGAUCUGCUCUUUCAUCCAAGGCACUACUGUCCAGUGGAUAGAGGAGCAGCAGGUCCCUUACGCUGUCAAGGGGGAUGAGUGGGUGGGGUUUGACAACCACAGGAGCUUUGAGGCCAAGGCCCAGUAUCUGAAGAACAAUAAUUUUGGUGGGGCCUUCGUCUGGGCUUUGGACAUGGAUGAUUUUGAGGGGCAGUUUUGCGAAGGUCCCCGUCACCACGUACGCGGAAGUCUGACGGACAAAUCUUGGUUCGGCGAGUGCCAGGAGAACGGUACCUGCCGGAAUGUGUACAGCCAGCUGAAAAUUUUGAUGGAGGAGGGAUAA